AUGCGGUUUUGGUGGCCGGGUUGGGAGCCUCGAGAGCGCUCUCUAUCUAGCGAUAGUGAGUGCUCUACGGACAGCCAUUCCAGUCUCGCCAGCGAUGCAUCUUUCUAUGACGCGUCGCCUGAUGACGAGACUGGAGUGGGUGACGAACCGCCCCCUCUCCCAGGUGACACGCAACCGGUCCCAUGGGAAGAGGCGGGACAGUCUGAAUUAAGACUGUUCCCAGACGGCUCUUCGACCGCCUAUCCACAGGCGGUUGGACGAAACUGCCCAGGAACAGUCGCCGUCGGACUAGGGUUGGGGGUCCCAAAUUUUACCCCCAAUGUCACCGCUACGCCGCCCGGUAAUGGGCCCUGCGUGGGUGUACGCGCGACACCGCCUCGCGGCGGUGACGCGGAGUUGGGCGCCGCCACUUCGGGCACGUGUUGCGAACACGCUUCGCCUCUGGCCUGCGCAGUUUCAGCGCGUGCCGACACCUCUGGCGCGCGCGAGGCCCCCCGGUCUACGGUCCCGGUUUUGGGUACCGUUGAAGACCGGGAAGAGGCCCGGCGACCCCCGUUGGUAACCGUGAAGGUACCUUCGGGCCUAUACUUGGUCUAA